AUGCCGGGCACCACCUCUGCAGCGCACGCCCCAGCCGAGCCAACUGGAAUCACAGAUACAGCCACUACUGCAGAGACAGUCGUGUUUCUAACUCGUCUUGUGACCAACAGCCCAGAUGAGACACAGCAAACAGUGGGCACCAUUAUCGUAGUGGAAACACUCACACCUGGCCAUGCCGGAGGUGAGCCCACCCAGGCCUCAGUUUCCCUUCUAGGCAUUAGCCCAGCUACGGCCUCUGCAACAGCCGUCAGCACUCCACUAGAAGAGACAGUCGGUGUUUCUGGUCAAGCAGCUCCCACCACAAAUGCAGCAAGUUCCACCCCCAUGGCAGACAUGCCUACAGCUGCCUUCUCGACCCUGGCCCCAGAGGAGACCUGGAGUACGGUGGGCUCCUUCAGUACAGCAGAGCCAUCCAGAGGUGUCCCCAUGACGACCGAGCUAGCUGACAGUACAGCAGCCACGCAUGCCACUGUCACGAGACGCCCAGCAGAGACUGAAACGACGGUGAUCAGCAUUGUACCAGCAGACGCUGCGACAGCCACCCCUGUCAGCACCACCCCACCCAGUGCCAUAGCAACCUCUGCAACACCCACGGAAACAACGGCGGGGAGCACAGGAACAGACCCUGCCACCCCAGCACCCAGUGAGACCCCAGCUGUACCGGCCACCCCGACAGCAGCCACGGCCACUGGAGCAGCCACUGUCACAAGCCAGCACGUUCCAAGCACAGCCGCCGAAGCCACCACCCCCACAGCAGAGGCCAGCCCAGCAGCCCCACCUAUAGUGCAAUCCACACCAAAUGCAACCCUAGCGUUACUGACCACCACCUCGGCAGCAGAGACCCCCAGAGCCACUCCUGACAUCACCCCACCCCGUGGAACCACAAAGACAGCGACCCCGACCAUAGCAACCCAGACUGUCCCCACGCCAGCUGACACGACACCCAUGGCAACUUUGACCAGCGCAGGAGAAACCACCGCAGCAACUCCAACAACCACCGCACCCCUGGAGACUGCUGCAGGAAGAGAGACACUCACAACAGCCUCUGUCGUUGCCACGCCAAACACAACCACAACUCAAGGGGCUGUCCCCACAGCGACAGAAACCAGCCCUUCAGUGCUUGUCACCCUCACCCCGCCGAGGGUGACUACCACGGCUGUUCAGACCACCGCACCAACGUCUGUCACCGCGUACCCAACGGAAACAGCAUCAACAGUGGGCUCCAGCACAGAAACCACCCCGGUGGCCAACAGCCCCACCGGUGUGUCGAGUACUGCAACAAGCGAGAGCACAGCCCCAGCUCCUCGCACCACGGCAGCAGAAAGGGGAACUUCAACGGGCACCAUGACAGAAACACUCGUCACCAGCACAACAGCUAAUACCACAACCGCCAUCAGGACCGCUGCAGCAACAGAGGUUCCCCAAACACUCCGUACUACCACCGUUCCAGCUGGAAACACAACGGUUACAUUCCCAGGUACAGCUAGCCCCACUGUGGCUGCACCGAGCACUCCAGCAACUCAGAACUUCAGUGCAGCUCCAACCACGGAACCCGCUGCUAGGCCUAACUCCACAGCCCGGCCCGGGGUCCCAGAUGUCACGACAGAAGAGCAGACAACAGCGGUGCCCAGCUGCCACCCUCCAGCUGCCAACACACCUGGUGCUCGCCUCUUCCUAUCGCUGGGACUGACCACUCGCCUGAACAUCAGUGAGCCCCAGGUCAGGGGUAUGGUUUUGUCUAAGCUUGAGCAAGAGCUAAAAAUGAAGUUCCCAUGCACCGGGUUCACCAUCCUCUGGAAAGGAGAGGGAGAAAAGUGAGCAGCGAUUCCGCUGGCCCCCAAGGAACCGAUGGCUUCGUCUGGGUGCCACGGUGAGCGGGACAAGGGCCACGACACGAAAGGGGACCACGCGGCUGCUGCUACCUGUGCUCAUCAACUCCAGAGUGGAAACCCCACCUGGAGGAUACAGGUUUAACCCCAGAGAAGAAAUCUCUCUUCUGCAUGCCGAGACCUCAGGCUUUCUUCUGCCAUAACCCUCCUGGACUCAAUUUCAUAGAAUCACAGACUAUCAGGGUUGGAAGGGACCUCAGGAGGUA